UGGGUUGAUAUAAAAUUGUGUUGAUAUCAAUUAUUACACUUAAAUAAUGAGGUUGUGUUGUUUGCGACGCUUCGCGCUGUUCUAGACGGCUUGUUGUGAUGGCACGUCAUCGGAACAUCCGUAGAAUGACAUUUGAGGAUGAGUAUGAGGACGAAGAUGCGUACGGGAUUAAUGCAGAAGAUGAAGUAGCAAUGUCGCCUACAACGGCUCAAUUCAUGUAUCGUCGAGAUGCUUGUGCCAAUCGUUCUCUGUCUUCAUUUAUGACUACGGAACGUAAACCCAAACAAGAGGAGCAGGCAACAGCAGCAGCAACAGCAGUGGCAUCCGAAGCAUUGUCCGAAGACAAACAAUUGGCUGAUGCUGUGAGACAAAUUCAGGAUGUGUUGGGACGUGGAAUUGAUGAAAGUACUUUGAGAAAAGUGUUGCUGCAGUAUGACUGUGAUGUGGCUAGAGCGACUGAUAGGAUACUGUCAGAUCAAGAGUUUGAGAAAACGAAACCAGCGCUCGUGGCCGCCAUCCAAGCCGCAACAGAUGAUAAUAAUGAUGAGAUAAUCAAUAGAUACGAUAACAAACCGAGUCACACGGAAUCGAUUGUUGAGCAUGAGGCAGUUGACGGUAGACGGAAAACGGGAUAUAACAUGCAUGUACAGCCACCCACUGUGAGUACACAGAGACAGACUGAUACGUUUGCAAGCGAUCGAGGAACGAGAGGAAGUUGGGAUGCUGAGAGUGACGAAUUGUUGGUCGUUGGUUUGGGUAGAAAUCUGGGUGUGCCGUUUGCUAGUUUGUCGUCACUUGCGUUAGAGUGUGACACGAUGACAGACGAUUUGCUGAAAUGUGAAUCAGUAGAAACGUUUGGUAGGAAAGAGGGUCCGUCGUUAGAGACGAUGAAACGGUUACCGAUGGCAACAAACAUCGAGAACAUGCCAAUAGAGGUGCAAGUCAAUGCAACCAACAAGGAAAUUGAAGGUACCAACCGCUCACCGGGUCACACGUUGUCUCACUCACACACGCUGACUUCACAAUCCAUUGGGAGUGACAUGAUUAUGCCGUCGUUGGCGACGUUGGCUGACAGUUUUGCGACGUCGAGUGACGACCCGUUUAGCACCACAGGCUUGUCCCUCCCGAGUCUCUCCUCUCUUGCAUUGAAUUUCAAUACGAGUGACGCUGAUGUAGACACAAGAGACUCUCACAAUGAACAACUUUUGUUUGGUCAGUCGGAUGUCAAUAGUUGCGACGUAUUGUCGGGUCCCUGGUGUGUGGAUGCGAGUCGAGAGACGGGAGUGACAGCUGGAUGUGUAGACGGCCACUCGAGUGUCCCAUCGUUGUUUCACUUGGCCGAGAAUCUUUCACUGUCUCCGGAUCGCGAGUUUACCCACACUCAACGUGACGAACUCGAGCACUCCGGAUCGGCCUCACGCAUUCACUUUAUUCCGAAACCGAUUUCAUCCUUCAGAGUCGGUGUAUCAAGCCCUGUUGAUCUAUUCGAUGAGAGGAGAAAUGCCGACAGUGUGUGGCACAACACGUUUGGAUGCUCAAUGGAUAGCGGGUUCGUAUCGCUUGCUAGUCUCGCCUCUAACUUUGAAGUAUCACCAGACAAUCCUCUUGUUCGAAGCGACACGCAGACAAGUCUCCCAACGGUCAACACAAAUGGAACGAUACUCGACUCUGUAGCAGCAACAGUCGACAUCGGAGACACGAUUAGAUGCAAUACUACGAUUCAUGGACAGUUGAUAAGCCCUGGAGGGCAACCGCGUAGUUCGUGUGGCGACGUCGACAUGACCAAAGCGUCUCCUACUUCUCUUUCUUCGCUUGCAAGCAGUUUCGAGUGUUUACCCGAUCGUCCGUCCGAUAGUUCUCAACACCUUCCUGCACCACCAUCCCAUCCCCGUCCCUCACUCUCUCAGUUAUGUGACGAACUAGAAGGAAAUCGCAUCAAUGACACACACAACGAGCCAGACUCUACAUCCAAAAUGCCCCGUCCUGUUGGAGCAAUAAUAUCAUCGAGUGAUGAUAGCGAGAGCGUUCAUUAUGCGUUAGAACGUUCGCCACAUUCACAGCUGUGUGCCUCAACUAACGACGACCGAGUGACAAAACAAAGUCACUCAACGUCCGUAUUCGAGUCGAGAAACGUUUGCCAUCCGGACCCACUUACAAGCAUCAAAAUGCCAGACGAACACAAACACGACACCAACGUUUCACAUCAACGCCAUCAUCACGUUUCUUCUAGAGCAAAACCAUCAUUAUUUGCCAAGAUUCUCUGUACUGCUGUGACUAGCACGAGUGAUGUGGUCACGAAAGUUGAGACUAUGAGCACAUCGUUUGUUUCGUCUGUUCAUACGGUUGACAUUCGGCCGUUCGACUUCUCUAGCCCUUCACCGGACGACGUCGUCCUCGCCAAACAGCAGACGGUCCUGCAGAGAUCAACGACGAAGACGUCGAGAAGAAACUGAUCAACAGACGUGCCCAGGACGAUAGCAAUAUUGUUCGUAUUUUAUCCCAUAGGAUAGUCAGUGUGUGACGUAAUCAGUUGGCGUAUACAUCUGGCUAGUUGUUUCUAUCCUGUUGUAGCUCUUAUUGAUAACAAUGAUGAUGUGAUAUGAUGUGUGAUGUAUUGCGUUGGAUGGGGUUUUGCGUUGCUUUUCAGGGCAUCAACAUCGAGGGAAUGAAUGGCAUCCGAGCAUUACG